AUGAAGAUCGGACUUUGUGCUUACAGUGGUUACAAGAUAUACCCCGGCCAUGGCAAAACCAUGGUUAAGGUGGAUGGCAAGACCUUCACAUUCUUAAAUUCAAAAUGUGAGGCUGCACAUUUGAUGAGGAGAAAUCCUCGUAAGGUGACAUGGACUGUGCUUUACAGGCGCAAGUUUAAGAAAGGCCAAGAAGAAGAACAGGCUAAAAAACGCACCAGAAGGACACAAAAGUUCCAGCGUGCCAUUGUUGGAGCUUCACUCAGUGACAUCAUGGCCAAGAGGAACAUGAAACCUGAAGUCAGGAAAGCUCAAAGAGAGCAAGCUAUCAAGGCUGCCAAGGAGCAAAAGAAGUCUACCAAGGCUGCAAAGAAGGCUACCACCGCUCCUCCCAAAGCAAAGGCGCCGCCCAAAGCUAAAGCUGCUAAAGUAAGCCAAAAGGCAGCACCACGUGUUGGAGGAAAACGA